UUCUCAUUUUCCAUCCAAGAAAAAAAAAAGAGUUAAUUAAAAGAAAAGGAGAGAAAUAAAAUGGGUUCUAAGAGUUUUAGUCAAGAGAUUCAGACAUCAGUCUCUGCUGACAGAAUGUUCAAGGCUUUUGUGAUGGAUUGGCAUAAUCUUGCUCCUAAGGUUAUGCCUGAUAAAGUGGAGAGUGUUAAGGCCGUUGAAGGCCAGGGUGGACCUGGAAGUAUUAGGCAAAUCAAUUUCACCUCAGCGAUGCCCUUCUCCUACGUCAAGGAGCGCCUAGACGCCAUAGACAAAAACAAGCUCGAGUGCAAGAACACCCUACUCGAAGGUGGCGACAUCGGCACCAAGAUCGAGUCAGCCUGUUCUCACAUGAAGUUUGUUCCAACCAGCGGCGGAUGCACCGUCAAGGUCGAGACGACCUACAAGACUCUCCCCGGAGUUGCAGAGUCCGACGAGGCGAAAAAGGCUCAAGAAGGCUUGGCAGCUUCACUCAAGGCUGUAGAGAAGUAUCUUGUUGAACAUCCUAGUGCCUAAUUAAUAAUAAUAAUGGAAACUAUAAGUGUGUGCUUAUGCUGUUUAUGUAAGUAUGAAAUAAUGAUGGAGUGGAAGUUAAGAGAGAGAGAUCAGAUGGGGACGAGAGAUGUUGCUGCUGUUUUUUCAAACUAGCGUUUGAGGUUGAUUAUGAAUAAAGAUGUGGGUGUAAAUUACUCUAUGAGCUGGCUUCAUGCUUGUUGAUUUACCCUCUUUGUUUUGAUGUAAUAAUAAAUGUUUGAGUGUG